AUGAAACCCAAUGGUUUAUCUACCCUUUCGAGAGUGUCUGCUUUCCACAUGAAGAUAGCGCCUAUAUUCCAAAGGGGUAGCCUCGUAUACGGACAACAGCCUAGAGUUGACGGAGAUUCCGAAGCCGCCAUUGCCGUGACGACGACUCGGCAUAUAUCACAGAUCAUUCGAAUCUCAUAUCACCGAACAGCCCUCGCUAUUAGGACGGUCGACAAGCACCAAGAAUCCGACCCGCUCAAUCUAUAUGAAAAUUUCUAUAUGGAGAAGGUUACGGAGAUUUUAAGUUGUGGGCUUGCUGCCAUUUCGCUUAUUGCGAUCAUCAUAACGCUGAAGAUACCUGAAGGAAAGCUAUUACUGCAGUGGACUUUUAAGAUCACAAUAAACGCCUUGGCUACCAUAUUCACUGUGCUACUGAAAGCAGGACUAGCUAUGCCGUUGUCUGAAGGUAUUAGUCAAUUGAAACAGCAGUCAUUUAGACACCGACAAGGACCGCUCUCUGAUACGGAAGGGGCCAAGACAUCCCGUGGCAUCCCAAAACUUGGAAACGUUUACCCCGUCUACUCAGAUGCAAAAAAGAGUAAGACCAAUUCUUACGAGGCUUUGGGCUGCCUAAGGAACCUCCUGAAAUACUUUGCCAAGUUCGCCGAGUUUAUUACCAUUCUGGCUUUCAUCCCGGAUCCAUUCGCCCAACAAAUUGUCCAGAACGUUGGUUGUGCCCAAAUAAUUACGGGAAUAAACUCCAUCAUUUCCCGAACAGGUGAGUAUAACGCAAGCCUUAGGAGUAUAAAGGCAGGCCAAAGCGCUAUUGCUCCGUCAAAGGCCGUGGCUAUCAACCUUGGCAUCUACAGCCCGCCAGACAGGAUCUCAAGCUUGUUAGAUACUAAAUACAAGUCUGGUAACUGCACAUUCCUAACAGUUGGGAAAUAUCCGCGCCAUGGAUACGCCUAUAGGGCUAAACUAGACACUAAUCAAACCGUCGAACAGGGAGACAAUUCUUUUUCUUGGGGCGUAUUACUUCAAAAUGCUGGAAGCCAAGCAACUUUUUCCAGUUCGUCACCAUGCAGAGCGAUUGGGGUGGGUGGAUUCUCCGAGUACGCUCAAGGCGACUCGACGAUCAUUGCAGUUUUUCUAAAAGUGCAGUGGGCGUGGCUAUCCUUCCUUACCGUUCUCACUAGGCUGGCGUUUACAUUCUUCACUGUUUUUCUGAUUCAGAGUCCGCACAGCGCCUCUGAUCAGGUCUGGAAAUCAUCGAGUCUUGCCGUUCUGUUUUGUGCUUUAAAUGAUAGCAUACAUCCUCCACGAAAGCGACUAGUGCGCGCCUUGAUGAAGAUAGAGAUGUUAAGGCUCGAUUUGAAUAGUUCCUGGUAUCUGGAGAAACAUAUGAAUUUUAUCCCUGAGCUAUGCCGUGAUAUCAUGACAGCGUUUUUACCAGGUUGGAACGCCAAAAACGUGAAGUGUAGUUUUAACCGCGUAGCAAAGUACGGCGCAGCAAAGAAUCGAGUAGCAAAGAAGGACAUUCUCACCUCCAAUAAAUCCUUCCAUCACCAGGAAGGAUGGGCAAAAUGCACUACGCCGCAAGAGAUCGGAAACCUCAAAAUGAAUGCGAACAAACCACCUUCUCCAGCGUGCCUAUCCAAGUACUCAGUCUGCUGGGCCUUAAGCUCUACCAGCCUCACAUUGGAGUGAUGUCGGGGAAGCCGGCACGUGCGGCAUUAAGUUUCUCUCGUAUUUUUAAUUGACGAAGGAUGAACUUGGCAAGUGUGUCCAACAGCCAAGGUAUGUUCCGAGUGCCGGAGGAGGGAAAUUUGGCAAAUGCUAUUUUUGGAGUUGGGAGAUUGGCUAAUGGGGUAAAUAUCGGGAUGCCAGCCGAGGCACGAUAGCCUUGACUUGAGAGGUGGCAAAGGGGAAAGAAACGAGCCCCAGGCCUGGAGAAGGUUUAAAGGAAUGAGAUGAU